CAGAGACUGCAUGCAUGCUGCAGGAGAUGACCAAAGUCUAUGGACAUGUACAGGGAUGACCAGAGACUGCGGACACAGUACAGGAGAUGACCAGAGACUGCAGACACAGUACAGGAGAUGACCAGAGACUGCGGACACAGUACAGGAGAUGACCAGAGACUGCAGACACAGUACAGGAGAUGACCAGAGACUGCGGACACAGUACAGGGAUGACCAGAGACUGCAGACACAGUACAGGGAUGACCAGAGACUGCAGACACAGUACAGGGAUGACCAGAGACUGCGGACACAGUACAGGGAUGACCAGAGACUG